UUCUGUGAUCUGUCUAUUGUUGCUUUUUGUCUUAUGUUUUUACUUUCAAAAUCAAAAUAUCUACCUACGCGUUUUAGUCGCUUUUGAUUAUACAAGAUUGUAAUAAUUUGUGGUGUUCAUUUCGUCUUAUGUGUUUCUUCAUAUUCUUGUGAAAGUGCAGUAAACACUGUCGGAAUAAUCGAGACCGAACACGACAAAAGUAUCUUUUUGAAGCUGUUUGUGAGAAGAAUAUUAUAAGAGUACGAUAUUUAUGCAUAAUUACGACACGAUGAUAACCGAAGGCGGUGGCGUGAGGGUGUUGGGGCCAUGAGCGCUGGCGCGACUCGGCCCGCCGCCGGCGACUCCACGCCCGGCUCCGACGGCGACCGUAUCACCAGCCUGUUCCCCAAGUGCAGGCCGCGCGCCAUGCAUCACCAUCACGACAGAUUGAAUACUGCCAUUGAGGGCAGGGAAAUGAACAAUAUGAACAACAUGUCCUCGGACGAGGAGCGGGAGAAUGACGCUCAAGUUAUACUCAAUUCUAAAGGACCCUAUAAGCUAAGAGAUUCUAGGAUAAUAGAAAUCGCCGGAGGAAGGGAGCUGUACUCGCAAAGUAGAACAAAAGCUGUGCGGAAGUUACGUCACAACAACACGCACAAGCACAACCUGCGGAACAAAAUACGAUCAAUUAGCAAAGAUGGGGUAGACUAUGGUGCGGAUAAUAUCACUAACGAGAUAUCUUUGCAUAGGAUAAACAGUGAGCCGAAAAAGAUGAUUUCGAGGCAUACGUCGCCGACGUACACAAAUGGCGAUAGGGAUAUUCUCGAACAAACUAUGGGUAUACCCAAGAACAGCUCCCCAAUCCUGGAUCCCCACAAGAUUGCUGAUGUCAGCGCUAAGAGCAGCCCCAUCGCGGUGGUGGCGGAUGGACAGGUUGUGGUUUUCGACGACAAUGACGAUUGGAAAGUUAUAUUGAAUUCUGUGUCUCUAGGUUUGAGGAUGGACCCGGACGUAAGUGAUGACGAAAUCGAUGUGAGUGUUAAGAGGACUUUAGACAAUUUGAAAAAUGGUGAUAGUGAGGUGAAUAAGAGUGACAGUGAAAGUGAGUCGAGCUCACGGGGCGUGAGACUGAGCGAGGGGAGUCCCACGGGGGUCUGGCUGUCCGACGACGACAAGACCAGGGUCACCAGGGUCAUCGGGGAGCUGCCCAUAGCCGAGUACGAGGGCUCGCCGCGCAGAUACGGCAUAGGGCAGUCGACGCAGAAGACUCAACUUAGAUCGCCCAGACCAGGAUUUCCUCAGCGAAUAAUAACCGAGAGCCGAGACGAGACUCCGCCGCCGUCGUCGGCCUUCGACUACUUGUACGAGUUUUCGGAGACGAGGAAAGUUCUCGAAGAGUUCUUCAAGUGUCCGCAACAACAGAACUCCAACGAUGAAAUCGUCAACUUUCAAGACUUGGACUACGAGCUCCGACGCCAGACGCACGAAUGUCCCUCGGAGAACGGGAUAGAGGAGAGCGAGGGGGACUGGGGGCUGGCCGACACGCUCCAUUCGCCCCACGCGGCGCACAACCACACCAACUUCCUCGGCCUGCAGCAACAGCACGGUCGCUACGGCGCCCCGGACGUGUCCGCGCUAAGGGCGGGUCAGGGCGAGACGGACACGGCCGACAGCGUGUGCGCUUCCCCUGCGUUGCCCGCGCACGCUCUGGCUCUUUCGUCCGCGAGUGACACGCCUAGUGACCUCUCGCUCGCACUUAUGGAGAACGAGCUCUCUGAGAUGAAAGUACAAAUGGAGCUGAACCGAGUGGUGGGAGCCCACAUGCCCGUGGUGGAGGACGGUCUCUCCUCCGGACACGUCUCCGACACUGACAAUAAUAAUCAGAUUAUUUCGUUGCCGACUCAUUCGCCCAUGAAAAUAGAAGAAAUAGUCGAUAGUGGAACUAAUACGGAUCCUCAUCUCCUCUCCGACGCGGAUCUUCACUCUCUCGACCCGUUAGCCGUGCCUCCCCCCGCGCCGGCCCCUCACCGGCCUCUGGACCAUUCGCCGCAUCACCACCACGGACACCACGACGACGUCUAUCCCAGAAAGCGACCGACGUCGGCGCAGAGCAAUGAUUCGGUGGAGAUUAAGGCUGUCAGUGGAGACGAAGAUGAAGCGGACACGGACCUCGAAACGGACAGGCUGCUGGGUCAGCAGAGGACGGAUGACCAGGGAUUUUUUGACGACAAAGGUUGGCGCAAACCCAAGUCUAGAACGGUGAUGCCCGUCGUCGGCUCCGCGGCGACGAACAGAGAAACUCAUGCGCACGACACCACUGAUCACAGGGACGAUGAGGCACUUCAUAAUGGAAAGGAUAAAGACGCGAAGAAGAAGAGCAAAAACAAAGAAGAUAUCGCUUCAGUGCUGAUAGAAGGCGUGCUGUUCCGAGCGAGGUACCUUGGCUCCACCCAAUUGGCCUGCGAAGGUCAACCCACCAAAGCCACCAGGAUGCUGCAGGCCGAGGAAGCCGUCUCGAGGAUAAAGCCGGUUUUGCAGUGGGGGUGCGAGGGGCCCUACGGCGGGGUGUACGCGGCCCCCGCGGCCGUCUUCAGGCUCGCCUUCCUCGGGUCGGUCGAGGUGGACGAGGACUCGCGCCGCAGGAAGAGGCGCCCCAAGAAGCACAUGGUCGAGGAGGCAGUCACCAAGAUCAAGGCUUUGGCACCGGAGGGUGAAAACCAACCCAGCACGGAAGUCGACCUGUUCAUAUCGACGGAAAAAAUAAUGGUCCUGAACACGGAACUGAAGGAAAUCAUGAUGGACCACGCGUUGAGGACCAUCUCGUACAUUGCCGAUAUCGGAGACCUCGUGGUGCUGAUGGCGAGGAGACGGUUCGUGCCUCACGAGAGCGACUCGGAUCAACCGAAGUUGAACCGCACGCCCAAGAUGAUAUGCCACGUCUUCGAAAGUGAAGAGGCUCAAUUCAUCGCUCAAUCGAUCGGCCAGGCGUUCCAAGUGGCCUACAUGGAGUUCCUGAAGGCGAACGGCAUCGAAGAUCAUAGUUUCGUCAAAGAAAUGGAUUAUCAAGAGGUGUUAAACAGUCAAGAGAUUUUUGGUGAUGAGUUGCAAAUGUUCGCCAAAAAGGAGUUACAGAAGGAAGUGGUGGUGCCGAAGAGCAAGGGCGAGAUCCUGGGCGUGGUGGUGGUGGAGUCGGGCUGGGGCUCCAUGCUGCCCACCGUCGUCAUCGCCAACCUGGCGCCGGCCGGGGCGGCCGCCCGCUGCUCGCAGCUCAACAUCGGCGAUCAAAUAAUCGCGAUCAACGGCGUGAGCCUCGUCGGCCUGCCUCUGUCGACGUGUCAGACGUACAUAAAGAACUCGAAAAACCAGACCGUGGUGAAAUUGACCGUGGUCCCGUGUGCGCCCGUCGUCGAAGUCAAGAUUAAGAGACCCGACACCAAAUACCAGUUAGGAUUCAGCGUGCAAAACGGUGUGAUCUGCAGCCUCCUCCGAGGCGGAAUCGCCGAACGAGGCGGGGUGAGGGUGGGGCACCGCAUCAUCGAGAUCAACUCGCAGAGCGUGGUGGCCGUGCCCCACGAACGGAUCGUCAAUCUGCUGGCGACGUCCGUCGGCGAGAUUUUAAUGAAAACGAUGCCGACGUCAAUGUUCCGUCUGCUGACGGGACAAGAGAAUCCUGUGUUCAUCUGAGCUCGCCUCGACACUCGUGCCUCACUGCCGCUUGCCCACACUCGCUAUUCCCACCUCGUAAGGUUCAAUUUACUCUGUACUCGCCGCGUGUCACCUUCAUCGCUAACUUAAUUAAUAACCUCUAAAUAUUUGACAGUCGCCAAGAAUAAUAAAGUCGUCGUCAAAAUAGUGGUGGAGCAAUAGCGUCGAUGAAGGCGUGUCUCGAAUAAAAGCUAAACACCGGAGAGGUGUAAGACUCGAGUCCUACAUUUAGCUUUAUAUAAUACUCAAAACCCACAAAAGCUACACAAUGUGAUGUCUAUCUUCGGAAUCGCUUAAAUGCUUAGGUGAUAAAAUAAGUAUAUAGCAUAGGAUGUACAUUUAAUUGCAUGGUGGUAAUUGUCGCCAUUUUAUCAAAAUAAAAUUUAAAUUUUGUUAAACUAUUUUCUAUUAAAUUUGUCAUUGCUCAUAUAUCAGUUAUGUGACAAAAUGUUUUUUUUUUGUUUUCGUUGUAAAGUAUGGACUUUUGUAUUUUGGCAGCAAUUACUACUGUUUUCGCCUAUCAUAACAAAUUGUAUACAUAAAUUAUUAUUACAUAUUCCAUUUUCUUAUUUAUUACAAGUACAUUUAUAUUAAAUUGUGAAGAACUCAUAUCUGCUUAGAUGUUAUCGAUAUAAUAAGUGUCAUGGUUUUAUUAGGUAUUUAUUAAUUUUAUGAGGUCCAGGAGUUUGCGUAAUGUACUAUCUUACUCAGUACUAUUUACAUUUUAAGUUUCAUAUGAACAAAGAGGUUUUACAUUCCGAAAAUUUAAAAAAAUGGUGUCUCAAGGCCAACAUUUUCUUAUAAGUCUAAUUGCCAUAAAAAGAUUUAUUUGUUGUUUGAUAUAUGUAUAUUAACAUUCCAUUUUAAUAUUAUAAAUCCCUUCAUCACUGCACCGUAGUCCAAACAAGUUUUUUUUUUUUAUAUAUAGCUACUGUAGAAGUGUAACAGUGUAUUUUGAUACUUGUAGCUCCAAAGUUAAGUAUCGGAUCAUCUGUCUGUGGCUAAGUAUAUCGAGACAGUGAAUCUCAAGUGAUCAUUGAUAAAUAAAGAAUUGAUUAGCGGAUAAUAUUAUAAUAAAACUUAUUUCGUGUAGUGUUUCAAAAGAUAUGUCAUAUUUUGUAAAUUUUAUAGUGUGGCUAUAGCGGUACUAUUAUAAUCUAUGUGUCUCAUAGUCAUAGCUUAGCGCCAAUGUUUAUUUAUAUAAAGUAUAAAAAUGAUAUUUUAAAACAUGUAUGGUGUAAUUGAAGUAAUCCUUGCUUUAGUAAGUAAUCCACUUGUUCAAGAGCUGACAAAUUCUUAGAUUUUGUAUUUCAUAAUAAUAUUACAUGUUACGUAAUUUAUUAUUUAGUUCAUCCUAUUUUCUAACAAGUUAAUAUCUAUAAUGAUUUUGAUAUCUAGCUGCCCUUGUUUAUUGUAGUGGUUUGGAAGAAGGUAUGGUUUGAAAAUGUCUUUAGUCAACAUUUAACAAGAAAAUUAAAUCCCUGCUAAGUAUAAAAUUAUAGAUUUAAUACAGUCUGAUGUACUUUUGUAUUGCUAGCUGUGAAUAAGAUUUAUUUACAUUGAAAUAACAGAUGAUAAAGCGUUUUAUUGUAAAAGCUGGUAUAUUAUAGGAUAUACCAGCUUUAUAUAUAUAUAGCCAGAUACACUGUAACAUGUGAAAAAC